AUGAUCAUUUAUCAGGAUCUCAUCAGCUAUGGGGACAUCUACAAGGUCUGGGAGAUCACUGAAGGCCUGUGCCUGAAGGUUGAGGGGAAGAUAGUCAGUAGAACAGAAGGUAACAUUGAUGACUCCCUCAUUGGUGGAAAUAUCUCUGCUGAAGGCCCCAAGGGUGAAGGAACCAAAAACACAGUAAUCACUGGUGUUGAUAUUGUCAUGUACCAUCACUUGAAGGAAACCGGCUUCAUAAAAGAAACCCACAAGAAGUAUAUCAAAGAUUACAUGAAAUUAAUCAAAGGAAAACUUGAAGAACAGAGACUAGAAGGAGUAAAACCUUUUAUGACAGGGGCUGCGUAA